CCGUAUGAGGGAUGGAGCUUUGCCUGAAUUUUCCCCCUUGCGGCUAUUAAUAUAAGAAUAGAACAUUUUCCUCCAACUCUCCUGUAUCUCUUUCCAUCCUUUUCAUCUUGCAAUGUUGAAGCUCUGUCUGUUUGUCGUUGCCCUUCUCGUUACCCUGGCAUCCGCCCACUCCAACUGUAAACUGUACCUGGCAAACUCCAGCAAGGAAACUGAUGUUACUGGUGGCUCAAAAGGUGGAUGUUACGAGGUCGACCCCAGGAUGAAGAUUGCCACGAUUAGUGCCGAUUCUGCUGACGUUCACUUCAAGUUCCAUUCAAACGCAAACUGUAAAGGUAGCACAGUAUACACCGGUUCCACUAGUGACACUGUUAUUACUGUUAGGAAAUUCUCUGCUGGCUCUGUUCAAUUGACCUGCCCUCGCAAGAGCCGUCGUUAAACGUUGAUGAGAGUAUGCUCUUCAGCAACUUUGAUGCUCUAUCUAAAUUUACAUCACGCAAUGUACACAAGAAAAAAUGUUCAAAUAAAACUUUUUCAAAUAAGGAAGCAAUAAUGAUGAUAC